GGGUUUUGGGCAUCUUUCGUCGUAGAAGCCUUAUGUAUUAAAGUACACCUUAUCUAUGUAUAUAGGUACGAGAGCUCAAACUGAUAUUGGACAAACACCCAAAUACUCAACGCCGUACACACCUGGGUACCAGCGGCAACAUGGCGGUUUUAACUGGCAGCUCUCUGGAUUCUGCUGCAUUUCGAUCAUAUCUCGACUCAUUGGUACCGUCUACCGCCCGUGCAGAGCUCACCGGCUCCGUACUCCCUGCCUUGGUCCACGCAAUUGGUGAUGUCUCGGCGCUGCUCAGACGUGCUCAUACAGUGGCGCACGUGGGCACGACCAAUGCUUUUGGCGAUCAGCAGCUGAACGUCGACCUCGCUGCCGAUGACGUAAUUCGUGCUGCGUGCAAGAGCUGUCCUUCCGUAGUGACGGCAAGCAGUGAAGAGGUCCCCAUCGAGGAGGCCUUGCGUUCCGGCGAGGUGGAUGCAGCCGGCUCGAGCGAGCGGUAUACGGUAGCGUACGACCCGCUCGACGGCAGCUCCAUCAUCGCCCCAAAUUGGACCGUCGGGGCCAUCUUGGGUGUAUGGGAUGGGGCCACUGCUCUGGGCCAGAGUCCCCGUCGUUCCAUGGUCGCUGCGAUACUGGGCGUCUUUGGCCCGCGCACGACGGCCAUCGUCGCACUUAGGGUGCCUGGCAUCGGGGAGCCUGCUUGCUUCGAGCUUGGUAUCGAUGGCGAAUCCCUUACGAUGGUGCAGCCCAAUAUUCGCCUCGCGUCGCCGCCUCUCAACACACGUUACUUUGCCCCUGCCAACCUAAGGGCUGCCGCCGAAUGUGACAAGUACAGCGCACUAGUGUCACAUUUUAUCAGCCAGAAGUAUACACUGCGGUACAGUGGUGGUCUAGUGCCGGAUGUUGUGCAUGCUCUGGUCAAGGGCCAUGGCGUGUAUAUUUCACCCACCACCCCCCAAAGCGCAGGCAAGCUCCGACGAUUGUACGAGCUAUCCCCUAUUGCGCUAGUUGUCGAAUGUGCUGGAGGGAAAGCUGUGGACUCGAGCUCCGGAGUUGGGGUGUUGGAUGUAACUAUAUCUGAUUGCGAUGAGAGGGGAGGGGUUAUCUGUGGUAAUAAUAUCGAGGUCGACCUAGCAAGUAAAUAUUUGCAAUAGAGAUUAAGUUUAAAUAUAUGAUUAAAUAUAUAUAUGAAUUAGUCCCAGAG